CUCAGCAGCACCGGCUUGAGAGGCACUCUAUCCCGCUGCAACCAUUCCAAAUAUCUUCCCCCUCUUCUUCCUAUCUCUUUCCGAUAAUCAAUAAUUUCCAGGAUGUACUGACCGGCCUUCCUCCGCGCGGCCAAGCGAGGGAAAUCCUCUUCCGUUGGCAUGAUCCUCAAUCUCUCCCCCCUCAAGCCUUCCUCUUGCUCCGCUAUACGUUCAUCCAAAUCCCCCUCCAAGCGACAAACAGCAUGCCUCUUCCGUCGUGGUAUAGCCACCUAUAGAGCUACAGCACCCACCUAUGGCAUCGCAACUCCUCUUCCUGAAAGCGGCCCCCUUCAUCACGUCGGCAGUUUUCCCUUUCACUUCGAAACUGGCUAUGCCCUGUGUCCCAAAAGACAUUCCCGACCAUUCCCGCCACCCUUCGUAUCAAACCCGUCCACGUCUUUCUCUGACCCCCUGACAACUCACUUCCGAAGCCAGGAUAGACGCUUGUCUGUAGGUGGACAACUGAUCAGGGGCCUGACGAACGGCGACGAUGCAGUUAUUGUAUCGGACAAUUACCUAGGCGUGAAUGACGGGGUAGGAGCUUGGGCUACCAGGCCGCAAGGCCAUGCAGCGCUGUGGUCCAGGCUUAUCCUUCAUUUCUGGGCCUUGGAGGUGGAGCGGAACGUAAACGGGGACUCCGCUCCGGAUAACGUCUCCUAUCUACAACGCGCCUAUGAACAAACUGUCGAGGCGACUUCGACUCCGAACGAGUGGCUGGGCACAACAACUUCCACCACGGCCGUGCUACACUAUACCAUAAACUCUGGCACCCCCACCCCCAUGCUCUACGUAACGACUCUGGGCGAUUGCCAACUGCUCGUCAUCCGGCCAAGCGAACAACGAGUCAUAUUCAAAACGGAGGGUCAGUGGCAUUGGUUUGACUGUCCCAUGCAGCUGGGCACGAACAGCGUAGACACGCCCAAGGAAAACGCUCAAUCAGCACAGAUCGAGUUGCAGGAGAAUGACCUCGUCCUGGCGGUGUCCGAUGGCGUCGUCGAUAAUUUGUGGGAACAUGAAGUCCUGAAGGUGGUGCUAGAUAGUUUAGAUGAAUGGGAUUCUAGCAAGAAAGAUGAUGAUAUGUUUUCUAAUCGCGCUCCCGAUGGAGGCGGUGCGAUUGUCUAUACUGCUCGAAAACUUCUCCAGGCUGCGAAAGAUAUCGCGCAGGAUCCUUUUGCAGAAAGUCCGUACAUGGAGAAAGCUAUAGAAGAGGGUUUGACUAUUGAAGGGGGCAAGAUGGACGAUAUCAGCGUGGUUAUUGGGAGGUGUAUGAAACGAAAAAAAUGAAUGAUCCCAGCGGUGUAUCGAAUUAUGAGAUACACAAGCAGACACUACUAUUAGUGGCGUGAGGGAAAGACGGAAGUGCCAGCCUAGGUCUUUCACAAAAAGACGUUGGUUCACCAUCUCCACUCCCCACGACCGAUGGUUAUUCCCCGAUCAAUACAGCACAAUAGCUCUUUCG